ACGGAGCGAGCGAGACGGAGCGAGCGAGACGGAGCGAGCGAGACGGAGCGAGUGAGACGGAGUGAGGGAGCGGGUGAACGAGCGAGUGAGACGGAGAUGAGUGAUUGAGGGAGAUGGGGACGGACGCAGUGAGUGAGACGGGGACGGGCGGCGUGAGACUGAGUCAGAGAGACGGAGACGGUGUCUCAGUCACUCACAGAGAGCGAGAGCGAAAGAGAGAGAGACAGAGCCCAAAGGAGAGAGAGACAGAGCGAGAGAAACAAGGCUGAAUCAACUCCACAGAAGAGAGAGAGACUGGGUUUCUGCAUUGGUAUGCCUGCUCCUGCUCUCUCAUUUCCACCAUAUGCCGCUGCUGCCUCUCUGAGGAGACCUGGAUGCCAAUCGCCUGCUUGAGGCUACUCCUUCAACCUCAAUCAUUUACAUGUAACAUUUAUACUCUCUGUUCCCGGCGUGAGAGAGACCGGGAGAGCCUGAGUGAGAAGAGUGGAUGACAAUAUCCUUGCUUUUCUCCUUUCUGCUGAAGUUCCUGCGGCGAUUAGCAGAGCGGGUGGUUUCGACUCUUUGGACACUAUCCGUCUGAGCUGUCCGUGUUUGGAGAAAAAGACUGAAAGGAGAGGACACAACAUUCUCUGGGAAACAUCGCACUCCAUAUCACCUGAGAUAUUGAGGAACGUGUGACUGCAUUUUUAUGAGACAAACUGGUAUUAUAGUAAGCGAAGAUGAUGAAAGUUGUCUGACCUUUUUGAUGAUAUAUUUCCCCCCUGCUCUUCGUGCAGCAGGCACACAGCGCUGCACGUGUUGGCUGUGUCUUUUCUGAGGAGAGAACGAGAAGUAGGAUGAGAGCCUGCCAGAGUAUUUGUCCUCUGCUAUCUGUGUCCUUCUCUGUGUGACUCGUCUGUGUCUGUGCAGUGAGGGGUGCCCUGGGAGACUCCCGAGUCGCUGAUCGUGGGCGAGGGCUAGUCCUCAACAUUGCUGCUGACAUGGCAGAGGGAACACAGCUCCUCUCUUUGGGGCACCGGCCUGGUCUGCUGCUGAGCUAGGACUUGGACCAGCCAUUGACCAUCCCCGGCCAAGUUCCAGUCCUCUGUCUCUGGAUCUGGUUUCAGACCAGGGGCUUUCAGAAGGCUCCCUGGCUGCAAGAUGAACUCUUCCUUGGACCUGCUGGACCUUGAGCUCCUAAACCAGAGCGGCUCUCCUUUCUGCCUCCUAGACAUGGGCUACUCCCAGAUCUUCAACACCUGUCUUUUAGAGGUGGCCAUCAUCUUGCUCCUCACAGUUCUCAUCAUCUCUGGCAACCUGGUGGUGAUCUUUGUCUUCCACUGUGCUCCACUGCUCCACCACCACACCACCAGCGCCUUCAUCCAGACCAUGGCCUACGCAGACUUGUUAGUUGGGGUCAGCUGCCUCAUCCCUUCCCUCUCCCUCCUCCACCACCUGAAAGGCCUGGAUGAAGAGCUCACCUGUAAGGUGUUUGGUUACAUGGUUUCCGUGUUGAAGAGCGUUUCCAUGGCGUCACUGGCGUGCGUUAGCGUGGACCGCUACAUGGCGAUAACGCGGCCGCUGUCGUAUGCUACACUGGUGACACCGUGCCGGAUCCGCGUGUGCAUCCUCCUCAUCUGGCUCUACUCCGCCCUCAUCUUCCUGCCCUCCUUCUUCGGCUGGGGGAAGCCUGGCUACCACGGCGAUGUGGUUGAGUGGUGUGCCAUGGAGUGGGGGACAAAGCCGCUCUUCACGUCAUUCAUCGUGGCGCUGCUCUACGUGCCGGCCGCCAUGACGGUCUGCUUCACCUACGCCAACAUCUUCCGUAUCUGCCGGCAACACACAAAGGAGAUCAGCGAGCGCCGCGCCCGCUUCAGCCCACAGGAGAGCUCUCUGGGACAGGAUGGCCAGCCGCAGAAUGCGCCGGCGUGCACGGACAAACGCUACGCCAUGGUGCUGUUUCGCAUCACCAGCGUGUUCUAUCUCCUCUGGCUUCCCUACAUCCUGUACUUCCUGUUGGAGAGUGCUGGAAUCUACCGUCACCCCGUCGCCUCGUUCCUCACCACCUGGCUGGCUAUCAGCAACAGCUUCUGUAACUGUCUGAUCUAUAGUCUUACCAACAGUGCCUUCCGGAAGGGUUUAAAGCGUCUAGGUUCAUUCUGCGUGCAGCGUGUGGACAGUAAGAAUCCUUUUGGCCCUGGGCCGGGGCACGGACAGGGGCCAGUCUGCACACGCUCCACAUGCCAUGUGUAGGACCUCCCAGAGACCCGUGUGACGGUCGAGUCAGUGUGUCGUGUUGCUAAAGCACUAAGUGUGUCCCAUGUUGAUGCUGAGCUAAGGGGAACAGGCUUCACAGGAUGUUGUAUUGCUACGGUUGUUUCCAGACAGUUGGAUGUUUGUUGGAUGGUUGCGUUCCUGGUCACAGCUGGCUCUGACAGGAUCGGCUCCAGGACCCGAGCGUUUUGAGCCCCGCGUGGGAAGUACAGCCCAGCCUCUGCCAUGAGAGAGGUAGAACAUGGAGGGGGAGUGAGAGUCAGAAUAAGGAUGUGGAAUUACAGUACCCUAACCUUUGACUCCAGUUACGGAUGACAGAGCUAUGGCUACGUUGUGUCAGCGUUUUGCCGUGGAUGGAGUGUUAGUUGAUUGAACACCUCCCUUCUGACAGUACUUGCCAAAAACACAAACUGUAAGAACACAAGAACACAUGUUCUUGUGGGAAAAAUAUGUUUGAGACUGUAUCUUCCUAGCAGUUUGUGAACCAAUGUGUAUUUGUGCCAUGACUACAGUGUAUUACAUGCAACAAAGUACUCACAUAAUUAAAAACCCUGAAAAACACUUUAAUACUGAGAUAAGGGGAGCUGUCAAUAACUUAUUUAAAUGUUUUCCCUUGUGGUUUUUAAACACGGAAACAGAAUAUUUACAGUAUUGUGCGCUGAAGGGUGCAGCAAGCUCAGACUCUGAAGAGAAGCAAGUACUUCAUCAUUCAUUUAUAUCUGGGCUGUUCUGAGGCAGAGGUACGGGCAGAGAAAGGGAGGACCACUUUGUUUAGAGGUUUAAACACCAGGAGUUUACUCCCGAGGGAUCAGAGUAAUCAUUGACUGGAUGACUUUUGUUUCAACAAGCUUCCUUAUCAUCAGAGCCUGUCUGACUCUGUAACCAAAGUACAUUGCAGACAGACAGUCUGUUCCAGUUCACUUAUGAGGAGAAUGUGGUCAUUGUGUCAAAGCAGAAGAUUGAUUGAAAAUGGAUUGUUUGAGUUUCAGAGUAGUUUAUCUACUCCAAAGCGUUGCCCCAUUGUCUGUUGCAUCUGGUAUUAACAAGCCAAUACCAGUGGGCCUGAUUAGUGACCUUUACUGUCUUCAUUAUCUAAGAUUUUUCUGAUGAGACUUUCUAAAAGAAAGAGUGAGCAAACAUCCACAUCUGAUGUUUUUUUUUCAAUGUCAAAUUUUCUCUUCCAAUUAUCUGGUUACUCAACGUGGUCUCAGGGCAAUUCGUAUUAUUCUGUACAUAAAUCUGAGACAUUUCUUUUAGUAUGCUAUAUUACUUUACAUUAUGAAUGCAAUUGCGGUUGUACAUUAUCAUAUGAUUAUAAGAUAUGGUCAAAAGUAUCAUUCGUCUUACCCGGCCGUACAAUAGCAUACAAAUUGGAUGAAUUAACUUAUCAUAUGUCUUGGGAUGGAUGUAUAGUAUUAUACGUCUUUCUCUGAGGCCAAGUUGCUUGUUGCGCCAUAACAACAAAGGAGAAUGAUGAGAAUCAUUUCCUUUGGUGGUUAGGCGACAACAAUUAGGUCAAGUUGGAAGUUAAAAAAAAAAGUUAAUAGCAGCCUAAAAUACGAUAGCAAACCUUUUAAUGUACAAUGAAUUUUUUUGUUAUUAUUUGUGAAUUUAUCUUUGAUAGUAUGUGCUUGUUUCUGUGCGUCGACGUCUCUGCAAUGCUCUUCCCUGCCGUGGAAAAUGGACUCAAGCGAUCCCCGCUUUUGCGGACGUGCUGCUUUUUCAGGUUGCAUAGCAUGUCUCAUAGGUCAACUUGAGUUGUUAAACUGCAGCUCGCGUUAACGGUGACGUGACGGCAUUAUGGUUUGGCCAUGGGUUAAUGACCAUGAAUGUUGAGAAAGCUGUGAGCUGCUGUCAGCUGAGGAACAUCGGCCCCUGGCCAAGUGUCGUAAAGUAUUGUCUGCAUAGUAAUGCAGCCCCACAGUUUCUUGUGUUACUGCAUACAUUCCAAAUGGCACCCUAUUCUCUAAAUAGUGCACUACUUUUGACCAGGACCAAUAGGGCUCUGGUCAAAAGUAGUGUACUAGAUAGGGAAUAGGGUGCCAUUUGGGAUGUAUGCGGUAACACAAGAACCUGUAGGGCUGCAUUACUUUACAGUAUAAUGAAACAGAUAGAAAUUAAGAUCUCAAUGUUCAACUGUUUUCGGUCCAAUGUUACUAGUUAUUUAUUAGACCUUUCACAGCCUUUGGCCUCUUGAAUUUUUUCUCUCUCUUUUUAUGGUAGCCUACUCCUCCAUUUGGGAGCAAAUAUACAAUAUACUUAGUAGCUUUACUUUCUUAGUUGACCAAAGUUGAAUGUGUGUUAGAUGUUAUAUAUUUAAAAAAGAACGAGACGGAAUGAGAGAUGUAGAGAGAGAUAACGUGCAAUUUAGGGUUAUUUUUUUAAUGGAAGUUUUCAUGUUAGGAAUUUUGCAGUGAUGACGGUAUGGACAGACAUUGAGUUGGACUACUGUAUUGUUAGGCUGCCUCUGCAAUGACUACAGUGCUGUUCAUCUUUAUGUAGGCUAAAGUUCCAUGUUACAUUUCAAAUUUGUACAUAGUCUUAUGCAUGUUUUGCCUACUGUAUAUAUUUGAUUAGGUGACUUGAAUAAGAAAGCUCACAAUUCAAAUGUUGUCAAACUACAAACACUUUUGGAGACUGUCUUUGCGCAGCCAAAGGGCAGAGUGCAAUACGUUCAUUGUUCCUCCAUUUUGUCCUCUUUAUAGAAGAAUGUCAACUCAGACACCAUUUUUUAUAUAUAUAUUUUUUCCUCCUCUACAUUUUACCACCGGUUAUUGAAACAAUAGAUCUGUUUCUCUCUAUUGACCAUGUGAUGUUCCUGAACUGUUGGUGAUAUUCAGAGUCAUCACACGUUGUUCACCACUUUAUUACUUCCACAUGACUUUCUCCGUGACUCUUCUGCCCUUUGGGGAUGGAUGUGUGUGUGUGUGUGUGUGUGUGUGUGUGUGUGUGUGUGUGUGUGUGGGUGCUUUGUAUGCUACUAUGUUUGAUGUGCGAAUGCAUAGUUUUUUGUUUUUUUAAUUAAUAAAUGUUUGGGUCUUUUUUAGUGUGUUGGAUACUGACCGGCAGCUCAGUUCUCUCGAAACAAAUAUUUGCUCACGGACAUAUGCCAAAUAUCGAUUGGGUUUCCUACUAUUGUACUUUCAAACAGGCUCUUACCACUUGGUAUUCCGAUGAGGUGGAUUUGUACUUCUAAAACAAUUCCUUACAUUUGUAUACCAUUUUCCAUGCUUUCAGGUUAAUGGAUUUACUAAUAUCGUUGUGUAUUUUGUUCUUCUUUUGAGGAAGAUAGGAGUUCAACAUUUGACCGUAUCCCCAUCUAGGUGUCGGUUUAGUUGAACUCUAUUCAAUCCAGCAGUCAGUUGACGGUUCUUUAGAAAGGGGGCAAAACUGGGGGAAAGGUUUCUUGCUUUGCUUGUUUGCUGAUGUACGUUUUUGGGACAUUUCAAUGCCAAAAUUCCCACGAUGACCUGCUCUCGACAGUGCCAUAUUAGGACGUUGUGAGACCUGAUAUGAUGCUGGAAACGUCCAUGCCAAAUCUGGGACAGUUUUGUGGCCCAAGCUUUACUAGAGGACUACACACCCACGCACACACACACACUGUUUUCCCUUCUGUUAUCCAGCAUGUCCUUAUUGAAUUUUCUCAUAUGUAUUUUCUUAAUGCUCUAAAUUGUCAGGCCAGGCUCUCUUAAUGGUUAGCUCAUGACCUGACUGUAUUAAGUGGCUCAGCUCUUUAUCAGAUUAAGAGGAGAAUGGACGCAUUAACAAGAAGGCCGUUUGGCUGGAAAUGUCCCAAAACAUGGUUGAAAAUGUGACUUUAAAAAAAUGUAUUUAAUGUUUAACAUUGGUUGAACUCUCUUCAAUGUUUAGAUUAUUUGUCGCAAAUGCUGGGUAAACUGAAUGUUGCGGGGGCUUAAACAUAAUCAUGUUCUCUGUGUUAUUUAAGGCUAGUUAACUAACUCGGUACCACGAGCCCUUGUAAUGAUGUCAUGUUGUAGAGUUGUCCUGAGGUUCUAUUCUGGUAUAUUAUUCUGCACUGAGCAAAUAAAUGUGAUCUUAUCUAAAGGAA